UACGAGAGCCACUUUAUUUUAGGAAGUGGAAAAAAGUUCGCCUGGCAGACCUUCUAUUGUUUGGGUGGAGGGAACACCAGUAGUUGUUAAAUGCUCCUGCUGACGAAACAAUCGGUUACGUUAGGUUGAGAUUAGAUUAGGUUAGGUUAUUAUUAGGUUGAGUUGGGUGAUAGUCAAAGUUACGUUAGAUUAAAUUAAGGUUAAGUUAGAUUAAAAUAUGCUAUGGUUAAAUUAGAUUAGAAUAAGGCUAGGUUAAGGUGAGGUAAGGUUAGGUCCAGGUUAAGUCUAGGUAAAGUUAAAUUAGAUCAAUGUUAGAUUAAGUCGAGGCUAGAUUAAGGCGAGGUUAAGGUUAGGUUACAACAAGCAUUGAGAAUAAGUGACACAACGGGAGUCAUCGAAACUCCUAAUGUCAUAUACACUUCUCAGCACACUUGAUAAUUAUGUUAUUACUGAACCUCAACUUCUUAUCACUGAUCCCCUGCACGUUGCUAGAGUAAUAUCCUUUCCUACAAUGGUGUAUUUCUGCAGCAUUUCCUACAAUACAAUCUAUCACUCCUGGCAUUCCUACAAUUGCUUGCAUCGGGUGAACUAAGCCAUCUACAUCUCUACCUGAUUCGUAAAUUAUUUGGAGGACCGGGGUAUGAUGUGGAUGUCGUGUAUCGUUGUGGUGGUGAUGAUGCUGGGAGGUGUCCUGGGUCAGCCUGGUGGAGGGGCGUGUCCUGUCACCAACACACCCGUGGACGAAAUGUGCACCUCCAUCAAACUGACGGAGAUCCAACUUGACGACCUACAGGAGCUGUGCCAACAGUCAAAUCCGCCGACUAGAGGCUCUUCAGGACGUGCAGGACCUGUUCCCCGUGUCCGGUCCGGCCCUUCAGCACCCUGCGACCUUACUCAGGUCCAAUGCAACGUCCUGCGUGAGCUCUGUCUGAAGGGCCGGCAGCACCUUCUGAAGAAAGAUGACUAUGACCACUUUGCCGUGAUGAACCUGCACCGUGACGCCUGCAGCGACCAAGUCAGCUGGUCAUCCGGUGAUGCUCGUGAUGUUUUCCGUGACAGGAAUUGGUUCGUUGAUGAUAAGGUGGCACUCACCAACGGCUACAGCUGGUACCGUCACGGACUGCCCAUCUGGCCGCUCCCCAACCAGACUUUUGGGUCCAAGCGCUCCUGGAGAAAGGCCUUCCGUAAGUCGGUCUGGCCCAACUACGCCAUCGCUGCUCCGCUUUCUGUUGUUACUGACAGAUAUGCAGGUCUUUAUAUAGAUGAUCUUCGCUUAGCUAUAAGAAAGUUCUUUAAGGGAGAUAUUGAUACUAAAGGAGUAAAUAAAGCCGACCUUGAUAAGUUUUCUCGAUCAUCUACUUUUAUGGAAUAUGUAGAAAAUUUUUGCAAGAGAAUGUUUACUAGCCAAGACGGAAGUGUCCCAGCCGACGUCACCGUCAAUACAUAUAAACAAUGGCUUCAACCAGUGAUGAAGGAAAGUCUCCAUUCAAUGAUAAAAUCUUACAAGAGUAAGCAAAAAAGGAGAGGAAGUUCAUGUCCUCAAGUUGUUUAUGUCUUCCUCCAGCAAGAGCCACGUUACGGUUUUCUCUGCCACCUCGCCCAGGACCUCCAAGUUACUCUCAAGGGUGUCAAGUGCGCUGACACAACCAGGUUGGUGGUUGGCUUCAAUGACCUCGACGAAGAGUAAUUAUAAAUGUGAUGCUGCGUAUGACACACUGAUAUAAACUAUGUGAUAUAUGACACCUUAUAACCUAUGUGUUGUUCUCAAGACAGACACUGAUAUGAUUUAGGUAAUACUCUUGGGUACAACGACUGGGUUUUUUUUCAUUGAAGAGCGAGGAAUAUGUUUGAGAGCUUAUAAACGAGUUUGAAGCAGACACAAACCAACUGAACCUAAUGAGGAGAGAGUAGUUUUGGUUAGGUUUAUUUGGUGUGAUUGGUCUGCUUCAUACAUGGUUUUCAAAUUUGGUUGUUUUCUGUUCUACUUAAAACUUAAACGCAUCAUUGAAGAAAAAAUGUACUGUCAAUAAAAAUAAAUUGGUCGAAUGCAGUACCAUACAAGCUUCCUGCUAUGGUAUUGAGGGAAUUACUACACCACGUAAGGCCCCUCAUAACACUAUCUGCGAGGGCAUUACUAAACCACGUGAGGUCC